UGAAACUUAAACAUGGUUUCUAUUGUCGUGGUUGGUGCUGGAGUGAUAGGACUUUCUGCAGCUACACAUCUUCUAGAGAGAUUCCAGAGGGCCGUGACGGUGACUAUAAUUGCUGAUAAGUUUACUCCCAACACUACAGCAAGUGACAAAUCAGGAGGGAUCAUAGUCUUGCCACAAAUUGGAGAGUCAGACAAAGCCUGUGGCUGGGCUGAAGACACUCUAAAGAGGCUAGAGACUUUAUACGAUCCAGAGAAAUCUUCAGUUAAUGGUAUCACGUUUUUUGAAGGAUGCACUGAAAUGUAUAAAUCUAGUUCUUUAAAAGGGGAUUUAUGGAGGAAGAUCUAUAAGGAUUAUCGUAUCAUUGACAUGGAAUCAGAGUGGAAUGAAUUCCGAAUACCUCCUUUAAACGAAGGGCAUUGCUUUGCUUCGUUCUCUACUUAUACGGUCAACUGUAGUUUAUACCUCCCGUGGUUAUUGAAGAGAUUCAAAGGACUAGGAGGUACCACUGAAGAAAGAAAAAUUACAAACCUCUCAGAGUUGGCCGAGUCUUAUGACAUUGUUAUUAAUUGCACUGGCCUGGGUGCAAGGGAACUAGCAAAUGAUGAGCAAGUAUAUCCAGUACGUGGACACAUGGUUUCUAUCUCUGCCCCUUGGAUUAAACAAUACCUUCUCCUGGGGCAGCUUAAGUCUUCACAGAACGAGAGAGUUUAUAUGAUUCCUCAGUACGGGAGGGUAUUAAUUGGAGGAACAUAUUGCCGCACUGAAGAUGAUGUAGGUGAGGAAGAUUCUGUCAUUUUUGAAAAAAUAAUAAAGCGCUGCAAGGAAGUCAUUCCAAGUAUUUCUGAUGCUAGCAUUAUAGAGAAAUGGGUUGGGAUUAGACCUUUGAGAAAAGGAGGCACUAGACUAGAGAAGGAAGAAUUGCCUCAUGGCUCUGGCCUUCUAGUUCAUUGCUAUGGACAUGGUCAUUUUGGAGUAUCUUUGAGUUGGGGAUGUGCUGAAGAGAUCGGAAAUAUUGUUGAGGCAUCGAUUAAACUGAAAAAUUAAAAAGAUAUACAGCAUGAACAUUAAUUUUUCAAUAAUAAUAAUAAUAAUAAACAGCAUGAAUUAUUUUAAAUAAUAACACAUUAUUUAGUAUUAUUAUAAUGUUUUAUUUUGAUUUAAUUGUCUCAUUAACUAAUUCUCCAACUUCCAUAGCGCAACCCCAGCUCAAGCUAACCCCAUCUCCUCCGUGCCC